GCCGUCGCGUGACCCCGCAAGCCUCGUGUCCUCGGCACCAAUCAGUCCCCAGCAGACGAGUCCUUAUCUCGCCCCCGCAUCUCCCCUCCUACCGCACACACGCACUGGCUCCGACUCUCUGAGCAUCUCUCUCUCGAGUGCGUGUGUGGGGCACGCGGCAUAUAGCGUGGGGUAGUAACACUGCGAACUGCUGAUAAGUGCUGCUGCUGCUGCCCUUGCGAGCUGACACUCCUCUGAUAGUGCGACUGAUAGCCGCCGCCGCCGCCACUUCUGCUGCUGCCAACAUUCUACAUCUGGAUGUAUCAGAUGCUGAUAUAAAGUAGGAGUGUAGUGUCUUACAGUGUGUUGAGAUUUAAGUUCAAUUCGGCGGGUUCAUAAGUUACACAAAUUGUAUUAUUGCCAUUCGUGUAAUAUAUAACAUUCCAUAAAUUGUCUCUAGGUUUGAUGGGUAUAGCGCGUAUUUGAUAUUUACGUUAUUCUCACGUUCAACCUGAUUUGUAUUGGUAACAAUGUGUAUACUAUCCAAGCCCGACUUCUACUUCGCUUCCAGAGAUCAUCAGUAAGAAACUAACAGCUAAUUAUAUUUAGUAUUGCGUAACAACAAGAUACAUUGGCUCAGGCGAUAGCACGUAGUUUACAUAACACUAAUAGCCUGACCUACAGCUUCUGCAUCAUAGGAUUCUAUACAUAGUAUCUGUCGUAUCUACGUUGCGUAUCUGCCACUACCACACUACUAAGGUAGCAGUGGAUAGAGUCUGGCUUGUGUUGGGUGCCUUAGAAGGGGGAGGUGGCAGAGAGAGGAAGGAGGAGUUAAAUAGCUGCGCAUAUUAAGGAGGUGUAGUGUAGACACACAGAGACGGACAGUCCGCACAGUCAGUGAUCAGUCGGUGAGAGAGCACACACAUCCAUCCUACAGAGACAAAGAUCCCCCUUAUAGCCCUCAAAAGACUUGAGAGAAGUGCUGUCGACACACGCAUACACAUAAACUCACGCUCCCCGGCUUAGCCUUACACACACACACGUGCGCACAGGCUGUUGCGGGGCAAGUGUUGCUGGCGAACACCCAUACAACAUCCCAUCGCCAUCUGACACACGCAGGCAGAAACACAGUCGCUGUACGCGUGGGUGUACAAUUCGCACACUCAACAAGUCACGCGCUCGGCUCUCCUCUCUGCCUGCGAUGGACCGCUGCUUGCUCAACAUUCAGCCCAACCUGUGCUCUGCCAUGGAGGAGGACCACGAGCUCGAGAACAGAGACUUCUCUGGGUUGCAUUACUCAGGCCUCAUCGUCGGCCGAGCUCGGCGGGGGUUGAGAAGAGGAUCAGAAGACAUGCAGGAUCUCUACAAGCUGCCGCACCGCCUCAUCGAGAAGAAGCGUCGCGACCGCAUCAACGAGUGCAUCUCCCAGCUCAAGGAACUCCUUCCCGACCACCUGAAGCAGACGACCCUGGGCCACCUGGAGAAGGCGGUGGUGCUGGAGCUCACGCUGAAGUACAUGCAGGAGCUGCACGCCCUCGCUGAGCAGCAGCGCCAGCGCAUCCACUCCCUGCAGCACGGCGCCGGCCCCACCGCGGCUGCCGUGAACAAGCAGGCGAGCGGCGUGGAGCAGGGCGACUCGUUCAAGCUGGGCUUCCACGCGUGCAUGAAGCAGACGCUGAGCUACCUGCAGCAGCACGAGCGGUGCGGCGCGCGCGACGACCGCUACUCCCGCCUGCUGCAGCACCUCCAGAGCAAGGCGAGCUCGCUCGGCCCGGCCGCCUCUUCCGGCGACGUCAAAGACGAGGACGUGGGCAACUGCGUCUCCGUCAUCCAGCGCAACCGCUCGGCCGAGGACCUCGACGGCGACGACGACUGCGCCGAGCCGAAGCGGCGGGAGGGCGGCGCGAGGCGCCCCAAAGCCAUUGACGCCGACACCACCGCCGUCGGCAACGACGAGACGGACGAACCGCAGAGGAAGAAAAUCAAGGUGGAGCCGGGCGAGCAGCAGCCGCCACCGCCGCCGCCGCGAUCCGCCGGCGCCGCGCCGCAGGUGCCGCCCUUCUGCGUGCCGCUCUACUUCUUCCCGGCGCCGUCGGGAGAGGCGGCCUCGGUCGCCGCGGCCUACCUGCCGAUGCUGGACCCCUCGGCGCUCGCCGGCAAGAAGGGCUGGUACCCGGGGCCCAUGCCGUUCUUCUGCCCCGGUUUCUCCGUGCCGACGACGGUGCCGCCGCAGGGCACCGCCACAGAUUGCUUCGGGCCCCUCACGCCCACGAGCCGGGGAGACGAGACGCCCGACAAUAAGUCAGACUGGUUCGGCAGCCGUUCGGCCUCACCAGAUUCGGAGGACAACUCAAUCGAGUAGUGCCGCAGUGCCGCUGGUUCUAAGGACUCGUGGUGGCGGCGGCGGUGUCGUCCAAGGAGAAAAAAAAGUUUCCAAUAGAGUAGAAAAACGGAGAUAAAAGAAAAAAAAUCUAAAUUGUUUUGCUUUUGGCAAAAUCUUCUUCAAUAAUCAAGCUGCGACUCUCAAAUGGACAAAACGAUGGUUUGUGGAUCAGGCCCAUGCUUUGGUGAGCCGGGACACCAUUAAAAUUUUCUUCGCGCACCAAAAUACUGUGUCCCCGGCUGUGCCUUGGUGGCCGUGUCACGCGGAACGUGGGCCCAAGUGACGUGUGGCGGCGUCCCACGUCGUCCGUUUGUGAACCCCCUGAAUGUGUUCUUGCGUCUUGCUCGGGGAUGUAAAUAGUGCGAUGGCGAGCGGUUUUCGACGAAAGAUGUUUUCCAUGUUUUUUGUGCUCUAAGGUUUACAUGUGGUACGUUUAGCACGAGCGGACAGACAUCCAACAGUACAGCCGUUUAAAUGACGUGUAAAAUGUGAACAGGAUGUUUGUUUUAAACCUUUUUAGAUAUUACAUAGGUGCUCGACUCUGUACUGUAAAUGCUCUACUUUUUUUGUAGAGAAUUCCAUAUUGAGCAGGCGAGCGCGAGGCAGCAGCAGCAGCACAGCUCACACACGAGCCAGCGUGCAUCACCCUGCGCUUGUGCUCGUCUGUCACCGUACCCCGAUGUUUAUUUAAUGCGAUUUGAUUUUUUUUUUACCGUUUCGUUCGGGUAAAAAAAGUGUGCAGGAUCGCACGAUGUUGUCACAGUGCCUUGGAUUAAACAGGCAAGUUCA